ACCAGAGGAUGUUGGACCUGAUGAGGGAUAUUAUCCUGGCCACUGACCUGGCUCACCACCUCCGCAUCUUCCCCGACCUGCAAAGGAUGGCUGACGCUGGCUACAACCCCAGGAAUCAGACCCACCGUUCUCUGCUGCUGUGCCUGCUGAUGACCUCAUGUGACCUGUCGGACCAGACCAAGGGCUGGAAGACCACCCGCAAGAUCGCUGAGCUGAUCUAUAAAGAGUUCUUCUCCCAGGGGGAUCUGGAGAAGGCGAUGGGGAAUCGUCCCAGUGAGAUGAUGGAUAGAGAGAAGGCCUACAUCCCAGAGCUACAGAUCAGCUUCAUGGAACACAUCGCCAUGCCCAUCUACAAGCUGCUGUCAGAGCUGUUACCGGGGGCAUCAGAGCUGUAUGAGCGUGUAGCGACCAAUCGAGUGCAGUGGACAAAAGUCUCCCAUAAGUUCACCGUCCGUGGGUUGCCUAGCAACAAUAGCCUCGACUUCCUGGAUGAAGAGUAUGAGCUGCUGCAAUCCCAGGGUGCGCUGGGAGAUGACAGCCACUGCGAUGACACCCACUGCCUCAACGGUUGCCUUGAUGAUGUGGUUGGGGGAGGGGCCAGUGAACACACCAACCAAUGGGAGGGGAGCCAGUGGUAUCUCUAGGCCAAUAGAAACAUAAGGAAACGAUUUCCUUUUUAUGUCCUCAGGCAGAGAGGGCGAGACUUUGAGACAGUUUGACAUUUGAUUGACAGCUGUCAAUCUCUGAGGCUGAGCAAGAUGGAGUGAACUCAGGAGGGACAAUUCAGAUGAAUCAUUUGACAGGAGUUGAUUCUGACUAGUCAAUUCAGACGAUUCCUGUAGAUGUUAAAUGUGACUGAACUCCUGUGAGGAAAGCAGAGUGUCGUGUUGACUCUGGAAAUUAUCAUUUUCAUAACGAAGGUCACCGUUCAUAUUGUUCUGAGUUUCUGUUUUACACACAGGCUCCCAGACACCUAACAGGUCAAUACCCAUGUAAUAACACAUACCUUUCUUAGUUAACAGAAAGCUGUGUAGUACGAAGGACAGUUAAGGAAUCUGUUGGUUUAUGUUGAUUUAAGAUCAUCAGAAUCCCUCCCACCAGCCCACACAAACCCUGAUCAGCUGCUAUGUCACUCAUACGACUGCUUAUGUAUGCUGUAUGUAGCCUACACCACGUGUGUUUCUCCCUUUAUCUCAGCCAGUAUUGAAUUUAUUUGUA